UCGCACGAUCAACAACUUUUUCACUUAGCGAGUCUCGCACGGUAAAGUCGCGAUGGAGUUUUUAAAUUUUAAAUUAAUUGUGUGUGCGUUUUUAUUGUGCCUAUUUGUUAGUGUAAACACGCAAUCGGUGCACAGACGUUUUGAAUACAAAUAUUCAUUCAAACCACCUUAUUUAGCGCAAAAAGAUGGAUCGGUGCCGUUUUGGGAGUAUGGUGGAAACGCAAUAGCAUCAGGGGAAAGCGUGCGUCUCGCGCCGUCGCUUCGAAGCCAGAAGGGGGCUAUAUGGACCAAACAGCCCAUUAACUUUGACUGGUGGGAGGUCGAUAUCAUGUUCAAGAUUACCGGCAGAGGCAGAAUAGGUGCUGACGGCUUGGCGUUCUGGUAUACGACACAGCGCGGCGACUACACCGGCGAAGUGUUCGGCUCGUCGGAUAAAUGGAACGGUCUCGGAGUCAUAUUCGAUUCUUUCGACAACGACAAUAAGCACAACAAUCCCUACAUCAUGGCCGUUGUCAAUGACGGCACUAAGGUCUUUGAUCAUAAGAGUGACGGCACCACUCAGCUCCUGUCCGGAUGUCUGCGCGACUUCAGGAACAAGCCGUUCCCGACCCGGGCCAAGAUAGAAUACUACAUGAACACGUUAACUGUCUACUUCCACAACGGAAUGACGAACAACGAGCAGGACUACGAGCUGUGCUUCCGCGCCGAGAACGUGGUGCUGCCCCGGGGCGGACACUUCGGUCUGUCCGCCGCCACCGGGGGGCUGGCCGACGACCACGACGUCAUCCACUUCCUCACCACCGCUCUGUACUCCACGCAGCAACCAGGCACCCAGCAGAUCAGCUCCGAUGAACAGCAGAAACUGUCGCAAGAAUACCAGGAGUACCAGAAGAAACUGGAACAGCAGAAGGAGGAAUACAGGAAGGAACAUCCCGAUGAGGUGCGCGACAAGGACAGCGAGUUCGACGACUGGUUCGAGUCGGACGGGCAGCGCGAGCUGAGGCAGAUCUUCCAAGGACAGGCGCAGAUACACGACGUGCUGAGGGACUUGAACAAGAAAGUUGACGAGGUGAUUGGCAAACAGAUGAACUCCAUCUCCAUGCUCACAGCAGUGUACAGCCAGGCCCAAGGACAGCCCCAACAGGUCGCCCCGGGACAGAUCCCUCAACAGAUGCCGAGUAUGCCGAUCGGCCGCCACGACUGGGACGCGUUGGUGGCCAACAAUCAGCUCAUGAUCAACACCAUAGCCGAGCUCAAGGGCUUCGUGAUCGAGGUGGCUCGCAAGUCUGACUCGCUGCUGGCGGCCAGCGGCGGUACUGCUGCGGGGGGCGGCAUCAACCCUCAGUUCCUGACAGAGUUGAGGGACUCCAUCACCAACAUCAAGCAGACUGUCGGCGGCGUCUCGCAAAGGUUAAUGGCCCAGGCGCAGGUAGCCCCGCCCCCGUGUCCUGCCGCGACCUGCGCUAGUUUCACCGCCAUCCUGCUGGUGGCAGCGAUGCAAUUAGCGCUCAUGUUCAUAUAUGCCCUGUACAAAGAGAGGAAAGAGGCCCAAGCAAAGAAAUUCUUCUAAACUGAAAGUCUGUAAUUAAAUUCUAUUUAUAUUUUAUCUGUGGUAUGUUGGCGGUGUGACCAGAUUGCUCACUGUCUAUUUGGUAUAGUGUUGAGAGUCUGUUAAUCACAGUCCCGAGUUAUAUUUAAAUCAUUGUACGAAGUCAUGCUCACUGGUGCUCAAAAUGUAUUGAAUAUUAAACAAAUAAAAUCCUUGUGAUUUUUAUAUCCGGAAAUACAAAAAUAAGUGUCAUGGAUAAAAAAUAAAUAGGAUCUAAUCAAAUUGUCCUUAGUUUAAAAAAAUCGUGGAUACCAAAAGAUUGUGUUGGGGUUUUGUACUUUAAACAUAUAAAUGGUGUAAUCAAUGUUUCGCUGUCAUCUUGUAGACUCACUGUGUGUCACCACGUGACAAAUGUGCUUAGUGCGAGUUUUUUAACGUUCUCGAUAGCGUAAAAGUUAACUGUAUGGACUUUGAACGUUUGCCUACGUUUGCCGCUAGGGGCGCUGUUCCAGCUGCAUACAUAUUUGAGUUAACUUUGACGCUAUCGUUGCUAGGUCAUGUGACUUGAUUGGUCCUAGGUUGGAAAUAUGGUUCGCUUGGUUGUGCAUAUAUUCACCAUCAACCUAAAAUUGCAUGAGUUCUUUCUCGAAGGACUUUUCUCGAUAUAUUGUCACAAAACGGUUUCAAUGUAGUUUGACACAUUGUGGUAUCUGUGGUUCGUAUUAAAACAAAACCUUUUUACUGUUCUGUGCGUGUGAAGGAGAUGAGACUAUUUGUAAAUAUUACUAGUACGACUUUUUUGUUUGUCUCUCUUAGGAAUUUAAUUAUUAUUUUUCAUAAAUAUUUUUUUUAUUUUUGUUACCUUUUUUUUUCUUUAAUUUAUUUUGUACGUUUGUGGCUAUCCGUGGUUUCAGAUUAAAAUAUUUCAAUGCAGUUUAUUAAUUUUAUAAUAUAUAUGUAUGUAUUUGGGUAAAUGGUUUAGCUAGCUUCGAAAAUUCGUGUCAAUGUAGGUUCCGAGAGUCAUAUAAUGUUUCAGGUUUAUAGAACACGCGUCACAGGUGACUGUGACCAAUUACUAGUAUAAAUGAAUGAGUGAGGUGACACCACAAAUCUAGUUGUGUGUCUCUUUCUUGAGGUCUUUUUUUUGACUUGAGUUUUGCUGAAGUAUUCUUUACUUGUUAGAUUCGCGUCAGAAUGUGGAAAUGUGAAUGUGUAAAAAUGGUUGUAAUUAAAAAAAUAUUUUUUGAAAAA